CGGCGACUGAGCGGGGCCGGCGCCCUCCCCGGCGGCGCCCGGGGCCCGGGGUCCACGCCGAGGGCGGCACAAACUUCCCCAGGUAGUUCUUCCCGCAGGAUGAACUGAGAGAAGGGGCCACUCACUUGGCGGGAAUGGAGAGCGGUUUGUCAGUCUCCAACAUGCAGGACCCUUCCCCUUCACCCUUGGAAAAGCAGCCUGGUUCGGCCAACGGAAAUGGAGACCUUGAUUCAGAGGAGGGCUCCAGCCUGGAGGAGAUCGGCUUCAACUGGGGAGAGUAUCUGGAAGAAACAGGCGCCAGUGCCGCGCCGCACACGUCGUUCAAACACGUGGAGAUCAGCAUUCAAAGCAACUUCCAGCCGGGGAUGAAGUUGGAGGUGGCCAACAAGAACAACCCGGACACGUACUGGGUGGCCACCAUCAUCACCACAUGCGGCCAGCUGCUGCUCCUGCGCUACUGCGGCUACGGGGAGGACCGCAGGGCCGACUUCUGGUGCGACGUGGUCAUAGCGGAUCUGCACCCCGUGGGGUGGUGCACGCAGAACAACAAGGUGUUGAUGCCGCCGGACGCAAUCAAAGAGAAGUACACGGACUGGACGGAAUUUCUCAUACGUGAUUUGACUGGCUCGAGGACGGCACCUGCAAACUUGCUGGAAGGUCCUCUGCGAGGGAAAGGCCCUAUAGACCUCAUUACAGUUGAUUCCUUAAUAGAACUUCAGGAUUCUCAAAGCCCUUUUCAGUACUGGAUAGUUAGUGUGAUUGAAAAUGUUGGAGGAAGAUUACGCCUUCGCUAUGUGGGAUUGGAGGACACUGAAUCCUAUGACCAGUGGUUGUUUUACUUGGAUUACAGACUUCGACCAGUUGGUUGGUGUCAAGAGAAUAAAUACAGAAUGGACCCACCUACAGAAAUCUAUCCUUUGAAGAUGGCCUCUGAGUGGAAAUGUGCUCUGGAAAAAUCCCUUAUUGACGCUGCAAAAUUUCCUCUUCCAAUGGAAGUGUUUAAGGAUCAUGCAGAUUUGCGAAGCCAUUUCUUCACAGUCGGGAUGAAGCUAGAAACAGUGAACAUGAGCGAGCCCUUCCAUAUCUGUCCUGCAUCAGUGACCAAGGUUUUUAGCAAUCAUUUUUUCCAAGUGACUAUUGACGACCUGCGACCAGAGGCCAGUAAACUCUCAACGCUGUGCCAUGCGGAUUCUUUGGGGAUUUUGCCAGUACAGUGGUGCCUUAAAAACGGAGUCAAUCUCACGCCUCCCAAAGGUUACUCUGGCCAGGACUUCGACUGGGCAGAUUAUCACAAGCAGCACGGGGCGGAAGAAGCACCUCCGUUCUGCUUCAGAAAUACAUCAUUCAGCCGAGGCUUCACUAAGAACAUGAAACUGGAAGCUGUGAACCCCAGGAAUCCGGGAGAGCUCUGCGUGGCCACUGUCGUCAGUGUGAAGGGGAGGUUGAUGUGGCUUCACCUGGAAGGGCUGCCGACUCCGUGUCCGGAGGUCAUUGUUGACGUGGAGUCCAUGGACAUCUUCCCCGUGGGCUGGUGCGAGGCGAAUUCUUACCCCUUGACGACGCCACACAAAACAGUCUCACAAAAGAAGAGGAAGAUUGCAGUUGUGCAACCAGAAAAACAGUUGCAGUCCACAGUGCCUGUUAAAAAAAUACCUCAUGAGCUUUGUUUAUUCCCUCACCUGGACUCGACAGGGACCGUCCACGGGAAAUACUGCUGCCCUCAGCUCUUCAUCAACCACAGGUGUUUCUCGGGCCCUUACCUGAACAAAGGGAGGCUCGCGGAGCUGCCCCAGUCGGUGGGACCCGGCAAGUGUGUGCUGGUUCUCAAAGAGGUUCUCAGCAUGAUCAUCAACGCGGCCUACAAGCCCGGAAGGGUACUGAGAGAGCUGCAGCUGGUAGAAGAUCCCCACUGGAAUUUUCAGGAGGAGACACUGAAGGCAAAGUACCGAGGCAAAACAUACAGGGCUAUAGUCAAGAUUGUACGGACGUCUGACCAAGUCGCCAAUUUCUGCCGCCGGGUCUGUGCCAAGCUGGAAUGCUGUCCUAAUUUGUUCAGUCCUGUGCUGGUGUCUGAAAACUGCCCAGAGAACUGCUCCAUCCAUACCAAGACCAAAUACACCUACUAUUACGGAAAGAGGAGGAAGAUCACGAAGCCCCCCAUCGGGGAAGGCAGCGUCGACGGCGGGCACCCCAAGCCGGCCAGGCGCAGGAAGCGGCGGAAGUCCAUCUUCGUGCAGAAGAAGCGGAGGUCCUCCGCCGUGGACUUCGCCGCGGGCUCGGGCGAGGAAAGCGAAGAGGACGACGCAGACGCCGUGGACGAUGACACCGCGAGCGAGGAGACCGGCUCCGAGCUCCGCGAUGACCAGACGGACACCUCGUCUGCGGAGGUGCCCUCGGCCCGGCCGCGCAGGGCUGUCACCCUGCGGAGCGGCUCGGAGCCCGCGCGCCAGCCGCCCGCGGAGAGGACACGCAGGGGCCGCAGGGCGCCCGCCGCCGCGCCUGCCGAGGAGGGGGAGAAGGGCGCGCCCGCCAAGCCCGAGGGCGCAGAGGAAACGAAACAGGAAGAGGAGGAGAGGCUGGUCCUGGAGAGCAACCCCUUAGAGUGGACUGUCACAGACGUGGUGCGGUUCAUCAAGCUGACGGACUGCGCCCCCUUGGCCAAGAUAUUUCAGGAGCAGGACAUCGACGGCCAGGCCCUGCUGCUGCUCACGCUGCCCACGGUGCAGGAGUGCAUGGAGCUGAAGCUGGGGCCGGCCAUCAAGCUGUGCCACCAGAUCGAGAGAGUCAAAGUGGCUUUCUACACCCAGUACGCCAACUGACCUCCCGGGAGGGCCCGUUGUCGCCGUGACACAAGAGUUUGUGCCGGUUUCCAGGACUCUCUGGGAUAAUGUGGAAUGGUUGGUACCUACACGAAGUAUCACCAAAAAGCCUGAAGCCUGAGAAGCCUGGGGCCUCCUUCCCGCACCCACCUGUCCGAGAGCCCCGUGUUUUCAGCCGCGGCUCCGGGGAGAGCGAGUGAAAGUUCUGCGUGGGCCCCGGCAGGAUGUGCAGGAACUGCUCUGCGCGUCCACACUCCGCCUCUCCCCCACCCCAAACCAGGCGGCGCCCACUGAACGACAUUUCCUAAACAGAGACCUCCAUUCCCUGAACACGGGAGCGUGGCGGGGGAGGACACCUGACCCCUCGCCGGCCGCGUGCACUGCCGUCACUCUCAGGCACCCUCAGAGACGCGCUUUCCUACCCCGCGCCUGCCUCUGGCUGAGCGGCACACGCCGUCACCGUCACCGCAGUUUGAUCUUGGUGGCACCUCCUUGCCCCAGCACAGCUGCAGGUGAUGUUUCGGGCUGUCGCUAUCAAAAGUUGUUGCUAAGGCUCCACCCCCUCGUCGGAGGGGCCUUCUAGGAAGCGUGGGGAGCGAGGGACGCGGCGUCUCCCUGCACUGGGACGGUUUUUCUGGAGCGACUGAAGCCUUGUGCAGGGACGCCCCACGCGCAGUCUUCUGUGGAACCUCGGCUGUCGUCUCCAGUGUUCUGAUUUAAUCGUAGUCAGAUCAGGGAGUGACUCCUUUAGGAAAGCGCUGAGUCAUGUAGUGAAGGAGAAGCUUCAUUUUGCAGAGCAGGGCCGGGAGGAGAUUUGGGGGGAGUGUUUGGUGAACCGGCCGCAGGAUGCUCGCAGCAGACACUGCGAGAGCCCCUCUGAGCAGCCGUCAGCCCACGUGGCUUGCCGCGUAUGCAGGAGGCGUCACGGUGAGACUGGAUCUGGCGUCAGCUGCUUCUCGUGCUGGCUUUGCUCAUACAACGACUAGCGCUGUGACCCUGGAAGACUCCUCGUCACUCUGGGCCCCGGGUCCUGUGAGACGCCAGUCCGCACGCCCAGGGGUGCCGCCGUGAGUACGCCGUCUCCCCGCCGCCCGCGUCCGUCCGCCCACCCUGGAAGGGAAGGAAGACUCAGAUUGGCCAAGACGAGAAAAAGAAAGAGCAACAGCUUUAACCCUGCAAGUCCUGCAGCUCACUCCGGCUUGGGUGGUGGUUAUAAAAUUUCUUGAGCAGCUUCGUCAAAAUCUGCUAAGUCACGUGCAGAGGAGCCCGAGCUGCCUCGCGGGCCAGACGUCACCCGCGUGUUCCCGUCAGCAGUUCAGUAUGUCCACUCACCCCAGGCUGACUGUGGUUUAUGACGUGCUGGUUGCCUAAAUACCUCUUAAACGUGUGCAGGGAGACCAGCCCUUCCCGUGGCUCCGAGGUGGACGCUGGGAGCAGAGGCUUCACGCCCUCCUGUCGCUUUUCUGCGGUAAUGACCUUGAGCUCCUCUCUCUUCCCGGAGUCUCGUCUCGACCGUUCCCGGAAGGUCCUGGGGUGGGCUCAUUGGCUGCUUGCGUGUUCUGCGACAUUUCAAGGCGUGACUGCCUGUCGGAUCUUGCAAACUUUGCCAACGCUGACUUUUCUUAACGUUCCGUAACAGUGACCAGUGAGAAACAGAAA